AUGUCCUCCAUGAGCUCCCGACUUGGCAAGUUCACUUUCCGACGCGACAAAAAGCCCCAGAAUCCCCCGCCUUCCGGCUCCCCCAACCCCCUCGUCGUGACCCCCUCCAACGGCACUUCACCUACCUCGCCCUCGCAGCGUAGCUCCUCGACGACCAGUCUAUCUGUGAAUCAGCAUCCCCAACAAAGCCGUCCUCCAAGCUUCCCCUCAAAUCGACCCACAAGUCCCAUGGUCCCCAGUCAACUCACCCAGCACCCCGCCCCGCUCAACCCCAACACCACGAUGCAGUACGCUGGUCACCAGCAGCCCAUGAACCCACCCCCGGGGUAUAGCAUGCAACCCCCACAACAAUCUCUCGGCCACCCGAUGCAACAGUCGAUGAAUCAAAACCAGUAUCGCAACCCCGCCGUUGAGAUCGAGGGCGCCAAUCGCAACAAAGCACAGCUCAUUGUUGGUAUCGACUUUGGUACCACUUUCUCCGGUGUCGCAUUUGCAUUUGCGACCAACAAUGAAGCCCGUGAGGAUAUCAUCACAGAAUGGCCGGGCGCGGGUACGCAUACAAAACAAAAAAUUCCGACCGUCCUUUACUAUGAUCAAUACCAGAAAGUGGUAGGCUGGGGCCCUGAUAUCGCCGAGGCGCUCGCGCCGACUGGAUACCCGAAACCUGGCGUGCAAAAGGUGGAAUGGUUCAAGCUGCAAUUGAUGCUAUCGGGCAACACUUAUAUCGAUCCCAUCAACUUGCCUCCACUCCCGCCGGGCAAGUCGGAAAUUGACGUGGCUGCCGACUACCUUUUCAAGUUGCGACAGGCAAUGCGCGCACAGCUGCAGAAGACUCUUGGCGAGGUGUUUACGCGAGAGGAGCGCAACAUCCGCUACUAUCUGACCGUGCCCGCUAUCUGGAAUGAUGCCGGCAAGGCAGCAACUCGUGCGGCUGCCAUUCAGGCUGGUUUCCUGCGUGAUGAGAAUGACAACCGUCUCACAUUGGUCUCGGAGCCCGAGGCAGCUGCGCUCUUCUGUGCGAAGACGGGUUUGUUGAACUUGAAGAUUGGCGACGCCAUUCUGAUUGUGGAUUGUGGUGGUGGCACCGUCGAUCUGAUUGCCUAUGAAGUCGAAGAGGAACAGCCAUUCAGCGUGGCAGAGUGCACUGCAGGAUCUGGAGACUCCUGCGGUUCGACUGCCCUGAACCGAAACUUUAGCAACAUUUUGCGGGCCAAGAUUCGCAAGAUGAAGCUCCCUGAUGGAUCUCGGACUGCGGGCAAGGUCUAUGCCAAGUGUAUUAUGGAUUUCGAGAACCGUAUCAAAGCGGACUUCCGUAACAAUGGUCAAAAAUGGGCGGUCGACGUUGGUAUUGAGGCAGACUUCCCCGAUGCGGGCAUUGAGGAAGGGUACAUGACUUUCACCAACGAGGAGAUUCUCCAGUGCUUUGAGCCUGUGGUGAACCGCAUUCUUGAGCUGGUUCGCAACCAGAUCAUCGCUAUCCAAGCACAGAACCGCUUGCUUCAGAACGUGCUGGUCGUCGGUGGCUUCGGUGCCUCUGAAUAUCUCUUCCAACAGAUCAAGCUCCACGUCCCACCCCAAUACCAGACCAAGGUGGUUCGUCCUAUGGACUCCGUCGCUGCCAUUGUCAAGGGUGCCGUGACCGCCGGUAUCACCGAGCGAGUGAUCACCCACCGUGUUGCGCGUCGCCACUACCUGAUGGCCACCCUUCAGCCUUUCAAGGAGGGAUAUCACCCAGAGCAGUACCGUGUUCCCAGUCUGGAUGGCCGGGACCGUUGCAAGUACACACGCCAGAUCUUUGUACAAAAGGGAGAGCGAGUCAAGAUCGGCGAGCCGGUCAAGGUCAGCUUCUUCCGUCAAGUGGCACCUGGCGCUACUCUCAUGUAUGAGGACGUGCUGUACGCCUGUGAUGAGGAUGUCUGCCCCGAAUACACCAAGGAUCCUCGCAUCAAGGAAGUUGUCACGCUCACCUCCGACCUCUCGCGCAAGAACCUCGAAACCGACUUCGAGCGCAUGGACACUCCCCAGGGUAUCUUCUACCGGGUGUACUUUGACAUCUACCUCACGCUAGACGGUAGCGAGUUCAGCGCUGAGCUGGUUUGCCAAAACGAGGUCAUGGGCCGCUGCCGUGCAAAGUUCCGGUAG